CCCUGGAAAAUGCGAACAGGUGAAAACAUGCUUAUUCUCACAAUAUUUUCCCCUCGUGGCCUUGUUUCGCUUUCAUUAAUCUGAGGAUGAAUUUUUCCCUCUAGAAAUCAUUCCGUGGAUUGUGCUGGGAGAAUGGUGGGCACGGGAAAAAGGUGCGGUAGCUGUGAAGGAGGGGGCGACUGUCCCCGGAAGAUCGUACGAUCAGGUGGAAUACAGUUCGAGAAACCCGAAGAAACUGGAUGCGAUGGAGACUGUGCAACCAAGGAGCAAAUGGAAAUCCGUGAGCUGAUGACAGAACUGAGCGAUUAUCGGCGAUUCUGUGCCUACCAGACCCAGCGUUUGACCCGUUCAGUGUACUUCAUAACCGAAAUUUUGCAAGCAACUGCUCGGAAAGAGGCUAAGGAAGCCCGAGCUAAACAUGCGCUUGAUUGUCAACGUCUGGGUAACCCACUGUUGGACAAAAAUGUCUCGGAUUGUCCCGCGUUGUGCGAUUUGAAGGAGAAACACGUGCGUUUGACAGCUACCAUGAUGAGUCUGGAGGAGCGAAACAAGCGUUUGCUGGCAUUUUGCAAUAAUUCGCGGGACGAGGGAAAUGAGAGUUCGUUUGACGAUUCGGAACGAGACUCAGCGGAGAAUCUUGAGAAAACUAGGCUGCAAAUGGCGAAAUGCGAGCGAGAAGCGGAAGCCCUGUGUCAGGCGAUGCGAAAGGUGGAACAAGAGCGUUACUUGCACUACCGGGAAUCCCGGAGGAUCAGUUUUGAAGAUAGGUCUAAAUUCCGGAAUAACCCAGUGUUUUGCGACCGUUUCCUCUUGCUUUCUCUGCUCGGGAAAGGAGGAUACUCUGAAGUGUUCCAGGCUUUUGACUUGAAGGAGCUGAAAUAUGUUGCAUUCAAGAUUCAAGAACUGGAAGCUGUUGAAGAAGCUCACAAGGAGGACCAGCAAAGGAGAAUCAAGCGUGAAUGCAACAUUCACAAAAUACUGGACCAUAGGCACAUUGUGAAACAGUUUGACAAUUUUUGGGUCAAUGAAGACCUGUGCUGCACAGUGAUGGAGUAUUGCACCGGGCGAGACCUCGAUUUCUACAUAAAACAAAAUGGCCGGAUCCCUGAAUCAGAAGCCAGGAUGCUGGUCAUGCAAAUGGCAUCUGCUCUGAAGUACCUGAAUGAAAUCAAACCAUCAGUGAUUCACUAUGACUUGAAGCCAGCGAAUGUCCUUCUGAAUGGCGACGGAAUUUUGGACAAUGUGAAAAUCGCAGAUUUUGGCGUGAGCAAAAUCGUGGAUGAACAAAACUAUGAUCCCAUCCGAGGAAUGGAUCUCACUUCUCAAGGAGCCGGAACUUACUGGUACCUGCCACCGGAAACAUUUGUUUCCGAGGACCCGAAAAUAUCUUCAAAAGUGGAUGUGUGGAGUCUAGGCGUCAUCUUUUACCAGUGUUUAUACGGAAAGAAGCCUUUUGCUCAGGAUCAGGAUCAAACUACUAUCAUGAAGGAAAAGACUAUUUUAAAGGCUGGUGCUGUGGAGUUUCCUGAGGAUCCUGUGAUUUCUGCUGCAGCCAAGGGAUUCCUGAAAGCGUGUCUGCAACCCAACCCGGAAAAUCGUCUGGACGUGUUUCAAAUGGCAAAUCAUCCCUAUUUGCAACAAACAUUGAAUACAACAAUAUUGCAAAAUCUGGAGAGCAAUGACUGUGUUGUAUAAAUGACCUGUGAUGAAGUGCA